AUGAACCGAAAUGGCAGCAUAGUGGUGCUGCUGUUGGUUGCCGGUCUGGUGCCAUCCCUUUUGGGGCUUCCGGUUGUGACGCAAAAACCGAAAGCACCAGAGAAGGAAGAAAAGCACGAUGACAGCAACGUGGAACGUAUGGAGAACAUUAUUGAGUACAAUAAGUACCUUCAGGAGGUUGUUAGUGUGCUCGAAAGUGAUCCUGUUUUUGCGGAAAAGUUGCAAAAGGCAGCGGAAUCCGAUAUCAGGUCCGGCGUGAUAGCUCAAGAGCUCGAGUACGUCGGCCAUCAUGUACGAUCGCGAUUGGACGAGCUGAAGCGAGUGGAGCUGCAGCGAUUGAAGGAAUUGGCGACGAAACAGUUUGAGCUGACGAACGAAAUCGAUCGAGAUCAUCUGAAAAUUAGCGAGCAUUUGGAUCACUCGAAUCCACACACGUUCGAAAUUGACGAUUUAAAGAAGCUAAUUCUGAAGACUUCCCAGGACCUGAUGGAGAACGAUCGCCGUCGGCGGGAGGAAUUCAAACAAUACGAACUGCAGAAGGAGUUUGAAAAGCAGGAAAAACUUCGCAAUCUCGACGAGGAGCACCGGAAAGCGUACGAGGAGGACCUCAAGCGCCAGCAGGCCAAACAUGAUAAUCAUGAAAAAAUUCACCACCCGGGCAACAAGGCGCAACUGGAGGAGGUGUGGGAAAAGCAGGAUCACAUGGACGGGCAGGAUUUCGAUCCGAAAACGUUCUUCAUGCUGCACGAUUUGGACGGUAACAAUAUGUGGGAUGAGAACGAGGUAAAGGUGCUGUUCAUUAACGAGCUGAACAAGAUGUAUCAAGCCGGUGCGCCGGAGGACGACAUGAAGGAGAGGGCGGAGGAAAUGGAGCGUAUGCGGGAACACGUGUUUAAGGAGGCGGAUACGAACAAGGAUGGGCUGAUCAGCUUCGAGGAGUUCCUCGAACAGACGAAACGAGACGAGUUCCAGAAAGAUCCGGGAUGGGACACGGUCGACCAUGAACCACAGUUUACGCACGAGGAGUACGUGGAGUUUGAGCGACGUCGCCAGGAAGAGAUUCAGCGACUGAUUGCGGAGGGCAAGCUGCCGCCACAUCCUAAUAUGCCCCAAGGAUAUCAUCCGGGAGCUGAUGGUCAAUACCAAGUGCAUCCUAAUGCCAUUCCUCAGCAACAGGUUCCACACUACCAGCAGCAACAGCAGAUGCAACAGCAACAGUAUCAUCAGCAACAGCAGCAACAGCCACAAUACCAGCAACAACAACAUCAUCAGCAGGGACCUCCGCCACCAGCAUAUAACACUCACGGCCAGCCGAUAAAUGUCUAUCCCAACCAGGUCUAUGAUAAUGUGCAGCCACACCAGAUUCAGCCAAAUCCUUCUUACACUGGCCAACAGUCGACCGUAUACACGGGUCAGCAAGGCGCGCCUCAUUACCAAGGUCAACCUGCCCCAGCGCAGCAUCAUGUACAGCAACAGCAGCAACAACAACAUCAACAACAAGCUCAAUACGCACAGCAGCAACAGCAGCAAAUUCAGUCGAACCAGAUACCGCAAAAUUCUCAAUAUCAUCAACAGCAGGCUAGUAACAAUGUACAGCCACCACACCAGCAGGCACCUGUCCAACAGCAACAUGUACCACAGCCAGCUGUACAGCAACAGCAACAUGUACCACAGCCAGCUGUACAGCAACAGCAGCCAGCACAGCAGCAACCCGUCGGAAAUGUUGCACCGCCAGUGCAACAACCACAGCAGCAACAGCAACCACCAGCAGCAGCUGCAGCAGCUCCGUCACAACCAUCAGUAGCACAGGUGAAACAUUAG